GCUGACAUCACUCCUGCUGCAUCACAAUAUCACAUGACUGAUGCCACUCCACUGUCCCACAGAGGAGGGGGAAGAAAACAGAGGAGAACCUCUUAAGUUUCCAGUCCAGUACAGAACAACCACUGACAUGAGAGAGGACACAAGGAAGUGAGAGCAGUGAAGCAGAAAGAGAAGAAUUCUCCAGAAAACGCAGUGUCUCGCUACAGCCGAGAGAAGCUUAGACCAAACAUAGAUUCUAUAGGGACACUGAUUGGUUUUUAGCUCAGAUUGUAGAACUUGAAGCCUGUCAUGAUGGAAGUGGUCCUGACUAGACUGGGAGAUCUCUCCUCUAAAGACGCCACCUUUGAUGCCUGUAAGUCAGCCGGGCCCGUUGUGUCCAGGGACCCACGGACCACCAGAGACCCCUGCCUGGAGGAAGAGCUCCAGAUGGAGGGCUGCAUUCCCGGAGAAAAGGGCAGCUGCCCCUACAAAACUGUCCAUUGAGAGUGCACUGGCCUGGCUGCACAGGGAACUGAUGGAGAUGCAAUCUCAGGACCAGGCCUUGAUACAACAGCUGAUGGACCUUCACACAGCAAUCCAAGAGCUCAAGCUUGAGAGUGGCGAGGAGGAGGAGGAGGAGGAGGAGGAGGAGGAGGAGGAGGAGGAGGAGGAGGAGGAGGAGGAGGAGGAAGAGGAGAAGGAGGAGUAGGAAGAAAAGGUUAAAGGAGGAUGAGGAGACAGAGGAGGAUAGGAGCUGGGACUUUGAGAGCGAGGCAGGGGGCAGUGGUAGUAGUGUUUACUCCAGCUCAGGGGAAGUGGGUUUUUCCAUAUCCUGCCUGUCCAAUAGAAUGACACCAUCUCCUCUUGGGUCAUCUCUACCAAAAAGGACUUUCAGCAGAAGAAGCUCUGUGCCUUAAUAAAACCACAAAAAGUACUCUCUUAUGGACUGACCACAUAGUCAAUGUCAGGCAUAUACCACAAUAUCAUCUAUAUCAUCUAUGCGCACGUGCGUGUGAGGGAAUAAUUCAACGUCUGAGACUGCAGAGCUUAAGUAAGCUGUGUCAUUUUAAACUCUAACUAGACGGAAGAGACAACAACAGCUGCUAUCACUCUACAAAGGUCAUAAAGGUAUCAUAGUACAUUUAAGAGAGAAUAACCAUUACUUAUGGUAGCAUAUUGCCUGUAAUGUCUCAACAAUUUCAAUAUCAUGACUGCAUAUCAUUCCAAUAAGCUCUAAUACUCUUCCAUAUGACUUGAAAUGGUCUGUUGUUACUGAAAAAACAGUAUUUGUAGAAGGUCAAAUUAAUAUGCAGUUUGUAUCAUCCACCCACAUGCUGUAUAUAUUGAUUUGUUGUACAACACUGUAAUUGCGCACCGAUGUUUAUAGACUAAAACAUGAAUGUCAGUAACAUACAGUGUAAAUACUUACUAUAAUGAAUGACAACGCACCUUAGAUUGAGAUUAUGUGUCUGUUCGUUUGAUGGCACACAGUUUGGCCUUCUGGAGUAAUAGCAAGUUGGCUGAUCCAGCAGAAUCAUACAAUACAAUGAAGGGUCAAGUAAAAUGUUUUUUUGAAGAAAGGGCAUCAAAGUGAACAAGAUAGGAUACUGUUUAAUGGAUAUAAUGUUUAAUGGACAAGUGGAGGUGUUUAUCCUUGCUACGGUAACUGCAUUUGGGAUAGGUACUGUACAUAGCAUGCCAGAACAAUAAAGAUUUAAAAAAUAUGAUGUGCUGUACAGUUAUUUCUGUCAUAUCAGAAAACAUGUGAAGUCAAAAGCCCAACUGUCACCGAGACUUUAAGUUUCAUGGUUUAUUCUUAAAAAAUAUAUAUUAGCUUGUUGCUUCUGCACAGCAAAUUGGCCAGCGUAACCUAAUGUUGGUUUUUCUGUGUAACAGUUCUAGUAUUGAUUCGGGUUAUAGUAAGUAGGGCUAUAGUAAGUAGCCUAUAUCCCCGGUAUAGCCCCCAUCUCCCUUAAUCUGCAUCGGAUGCGCUGCUACUCACAGAAUGUUUCAGAGAUGUCAAGUUAUGAGGUUGUGUGCAGUGUAUUUCAUCAAAUGCUUGCUGUCAAACAACCAAUAAUACUGCGUAACUCUGGUUCUUUUCCUGUGUUUGGUCCGGACUGCAUUCUUACCUGCAGUGAACUGCACCAUGGCACAAAUUGAAUCGCACAGAGACCACCCUUUUUGAGCGAACCACGGUGCAUUGUUUAGUGCAGAUAGAGUGCACCAGUCCAAACUAGUCAAAGUAAGGUAGUAAAUGCACCGGAGUUCGAAAUAAAAAAAACGCUCCAAGACAAUUCGGUGUUUAAUUAACAGCCUUAGUCUUCCCAACACUGGCAGUCAUUCUGAAUGCAGUUUGCGGGUGAAUAAAACACCUAAAUGUUGCAUAUCCCCACUCUGGCUGGAUUCCAAUAGGAAUUACACAUCACUUUGCAAAUGUCACACCCUGGCCUUUGUUAUAUUGAUUUUCUUUAUUAGUUUAGUUAGGUCAGGGUGUGACAUGGGGGAUGUUUGUGUGUUUUGUCUAGUUUAGGGUGUGUGUAUUGUUUAGGGGGUUUUGUAGUAUGUAUGGGGUUGUGUUCAGUGUAGGUGUUUAGGAAAGUCUAUGGUUGCCUGAUUUGGUUCUCAAUCAGAGACAGCUGUUUAUUGUUGUCUCUGAUUGGGAGCCAUAUUGAAGGCAGCCAUAGGCUUUAGGUGUUUGUGGGUAAUUGUCUAUGAUUAACGUUUGUAGCUUGUGUAUGCACUAACGUUUGUAGCUUCACGGUUGUUUUGUUUUGUAAAAGUGUUCGUUUUCGUGUUUCGUCA